AUGUUUGGGGGGACAAAGAAAGCGCACCGGAGUCAUGGGAGCUGUGCCGGGGUGCUGCCGGGUGCCGUCACUGCAGAGGUGAACACAACACAGCACUCCCAUCCCAGGCUCACUCACAUCUGCUGCAGAGAUGCCCCGGGGCCCUGUCCAGAGACCGCCCAGCCCGGCGGGUGGAGGGGAAGCAAGUGCACGAGUGGAUGCUGCCGCCGGGCGGCAGAGAACUGCCAGUCGCACAGCUCCUUAAAGGGGUCCGAGGGUGGCACGUGUCACACGGAGACGUUCCUCAGCCUGUAUAACGAAUGUCCCUGCCAGCAGGGCCUGACUUGUAUAUUUCCGAAGAAUGAGAAAUCGUUUAAAAUCAUCUACGGCCAUUGUAAGAAAAUUGAAAAAAUAAGAAGCCAGCUAAGAAAACUUUCUUUUAAUGAUCUCUCUUCCUUGCCUCCCCCACUUCUCCUCCACCUACUCCUGUGCCUACCCAGAACUGUGUGUUCCUGUCCCUGGUCCCCAGAGCCUCCCCCAACAGGGGAGGGACAAGGAAGGAGGGGUGAUGCACAAUCAUUGCAAUAA